CCGACCCCCCCCAAAUCCCCAUCCUCCUCGUCCUCGAUCAGUCGUAACCCAUACACACGAGCAUUCCUACCGCGCCAGGUCCAUCUGCCACAGCCUGACGCCUUUUGCCAAACCAGGCCGCUCUCGAGCUUGAGAUCGUCUUCACGUGCACUUCCUCACAAUCAGUCGCCAUUCAUACAACUUUUGUAACCUACGAUUCUCCCCUCCCCUUUCUCCCCUCACCGCCUCUUCGCGCCGAUCCUGGUGUACCAUGGGUUGGGCGAGCCCUCUUGAGCUCGUGUAGCAUGUCCAACGUCGACUCCACAUCCGCAACUUUUCUUCCCCCACCCCGUCAAAUCCGUUUUGUGUCUACCGAUGGGCAACCAUAUACCAAGAGACGUCGCAUCAACUCGGCUUGUCUGACCUGUCGGAAGAGAAAAACCCGUUGUUCAGGUGAACGCCCAGAAUGCAAGACCUGCACGGAUAACAGCCAUGUUUGCUCCGGCUACGCAGAACGGUCCUCGCGAAGAGACAAUGAGAAAGGCGAGGAUGAUUUGGAAGAGGAGGAGAGUCCUGGACCUCCCACGCCUCCGCGGCAACCCAGCCACGAGUUCAAUUCCACCAACCCCAUGCAACUCGCAGUCGAGAACCCAGUUCCCGCAACGUCGUCUCCCACGGCGCGUCGAGGCGAUGGCGAUGAGAGACAAGGCAUUAAGAGCCCGGCCAAAAGUCCUGGCAGCAACUACAGUACCGGUUCAGCACGAAACUUUCGUGUGCCUUAUUUUCGCUAUUUUGGACCUACCGCCAUUGUUCCGGGCUUCAAACAAAUGGUGGUCCAGCUCAAGGAUCAUCGGAGAAGCUUAGCCUCUCCCACCGACGACUCUCCUGCUUCUGGUCUACCUUAUGAAAACAACUCGGCCUUGGAUCGUGAUCGUGGCCCGGUGGAGAUAUCCUUCUACGAUGCGACUGACCCCGGGCCUAAUUCACCACUGGUGACACAUCUUUGUGAGACCUUCUUCACCCAUCUCGGAUGCAACUAUCCCUUUCUGCAAAGAGAGCGCUUUCUCAAAGAUCUCGAGGAGAAAUGCGUUGACGCCAUUCUGGUCGAUGCCGUCUGCGCCGUGGCUGCACGAUUUUCGUCUGAUCCGACGCUGUGCAAAUCCAACGACAGCUCGACGCCCCUCGAUCGGGAUCAGAAUGUUAAGAGGGCCUUCCGGGGCGCCCCCUUUGCCCACCGAGCCAUGUCGGCAGUCAUUGACACUUUCUCCUGCCCCACCAUCGCAGUUGCUCAGGCAUGUACGCUACUGGCUUAUGACGAGUUUGGAACCGAUCACGACAGCGGACUGUGGAUGUAUUUGGGCACUGCCAUCCGUAUGGCUCAGGACCUCGGCAUUCAGAAGCUUGAAGGAAUGCAGGUCGAAGGUCGGAUUGGGCCGACUCCAAAAACGGCAAAGAAUGGGGCAGAAGGCAAGGCAGAAGAAUCCAGAAGGGCUGAACAACAACGAAAGUUGUCCUUGAUCACUACGGACGACGACGGCGUCACCCUUGAAGACCGCAAAGCCAGCGAGCGUGAAAGAAUCGACACCUUCUGGACCAUUUUCUUUCUCGAUCGUGCUGUGUCAUCUGGCGUCGGUCGACCAGUAACGCUGCGAGAUAAGGACAUUGAAAUCUCGUUUCCCUACCGACCCGAUAACACCGCCAUCAGUGGAUACCCCGAUCCAUUUCCUGAAAUGAUCAAGAUUGUGCACAUGUAUGGACGUGUGGCCGAUGUGAUCAACAACAUUAAAGAAGUCACUCAAGUCACUCCUGGAGUCCUGAAGAGGCUGGCGAGUAUGGAGAAGGAUCUUACAGGAAUAUACCAGCGACUAUCACCAAAGCUGCAUUUCAACGCCACCAACUAUCAACAUUAUGUCAAGGCAGGACACGGAACCAACUUUAUUCUCCUUCACUUCUGGUUCCAUACGUUAAUCAUGCUGGUCCACCAACCGACGCUGCUUCAUUCUUUCGAAGGUCGAAUCCAACAACUUUUUCCGGAUAGUCGAGAAUUGUCCAUGUCGUCGGCAAAAACGAUUGCCGACAUCCUGGCAUUUGCCGAAUUAAUCGAUGUUAACAGCUUCAUCGGCAAUCCUUUUACGAGUCAACCCAUGUACGUGGCAGCGUGCGCCUUCCUCGCCGAAGCAGCGCUUCACACAUCUCAACCGUCGUCGCGGGCGACGUCUCCACCGGGCAAUGGGAAUGAUGCGCACGUCAAGCAAAAGCAGCUUUCAGAGAAUGCCAGAUCGGAGCAACGGGCAGCUUCAGCACGUCAUACAUUGCUCGCCACAGCGGCCAAUCAGAAUUACCAACGAUGCUACAAGGCACUCAAGACGUUGGACUCGUACUGGGCUGGGUGCAGAUAUAUCCUGACGGCCUUGGACCAAAAAGCGAAAGGCCUGAUGGAUCCUAUCCUGUUUACCGCGGAAGACUUGGACGGGGAAAUGCCUUCAACCGAACCAUCAUUCACAACACCGGGAUGGCGGCGCGGGACAUCGCUGGCGGCGUCGAUGGGGGCGUAUGGACCCAGCCCCAAUCGGUUCCCUGCGUUUAAGUCGUUCGAAGAGGGAGUAUCGUUCUCCCCAAAGAUGGACCUCAGUCAGGCUAUAGGCUGGUCACUGACCGGGACAGCCAAUUCACCGGCCCCAAAUCUCAGCGUGUUGUAUCCCAACUCGGGGGUAGACGGUGUGGAAAAAGCAACGAAUGAAUUUGCAAGUAACCACAGACGACAGUUCCGAGUGGAUUCAACCAGAUUGCCAUCACAGGAUUCAGUUCCUACUCAGGGCCACAUUGCUGCGCCGAUGGAUGCGCUGGCUUAUCAGCAAGCCAUGCCCCAACGCAGACGAAUGUCAUCGUUGCCGUAUGACCCCGUGUCCACUGCUGAAGCCGAUUUAUUACUAGGGCUGCAUUCGCCAUAUGGGACGUCGUCAUCACAUCCAUCGGUGGUGAUGCCACCAGGGAAUUCCCAGGUUCAAGCGGGAACAGGGUUUGAUUACUCGACGCCACAAUCGGUGCCACAACCGGGACACGUGCAGCAACAGCAGCAAAACUUAUUUCAGUUUAAUGAUCACGACUUUGACAGCAUGUUUGUCGAGACCCAAGACAUCAACAUGGGGGAUCAGAAUCUGAACCUCAACUUCUCCGGGGGAGAUAUGAUCCCGUGGUUGGAGUACUUGCCUCAAGAUGUGCUGAAUUAUUUUGGAGAACCCCAGCAUGGCGAGGGCGACCGGGGUUUAUCAGGCGGAGUGCAUCCUGCAGGCUGACUAUGCGUGCCAUGCGUGCCAUGUUUCUCGGUUGUCUGAAUCUGACCUGUGAUGUUCAAUUCGGAUGCUCGCCAUGGCUGCUGGGUUCGUUAAAGGAUCAGUCACCUGCCGCGAAAGGAUGAUAACACGUCAGAAGAUAGGGUCGGAUGGUCCAGUGUAAGAUGGAGAUGAACGUGAAAGCAUAUCCCAUCUGUCUAGAUUACCCUCCGUGAUCGGAGGUGUUAGAGUAUGCAUAAUGGCAGAUGAUGUUUGAUUUGGCGAGGCGAUAAGGUUGAUAAGGAGCAGUGAGAUGGAUCUGGAGUACGUACUUGUACAUAGAUAUAAUUUUAGUCUUGAAGCGGGAAAAGGUGGUCUGG